AUGACACUUGGCACUUGCGAUUGUCCUUAUUUCGCUCGUAUAGAGCUGUUGGCCGACAAACUAGCUCAGAACUUGCCCCAUUUCAAUGUGACAAAAGUUGUGAAACAGCCGCACGAAUGGAAGGACUUUACGGAAUGGAUAGCCAAAGAGCAUGGAUGGGAUGUAACCAAAUCACCCGUUGUCUGGCGGGAGUUAUUAGAUCAGGGCGGUCCAGGAACGCUGAUCGGAGGUUCAAAUGAGUUUCAGGAAUAUGUUGCUGCCUAUUAUAACGAAUAUAGUUCCAUGACCACCAAAGAAAUGUGCGAUGUGGCCAAUGAUAACACCACCUUCAAGACUGCUGAAGAAGCAGAAAAGCGGGAGGCAGAAGACAAACGUGUCCCUCCGUCCACAAUUUUAAUUAUCGGUGCAGGCUCUCCGCCAUGCACUCAUUUGCUACCGUAUCUGGCGAUUCACGGUCUGUUUAGUCCCAAUGAGUACAUUCAACUAGAUUUGUACGAUGAUAGUAAUCUCGAACAUGUAUCUUAUGUUGUUGAAACACUGCAGGAUACACCAUGCAAAAUGCUCGUUGNCGAUCUGGUACCAAGUUUGAAAGUAGCUAAACAGAUCAUAAUCUUAGAUGUGGUGCCUCGAAUUAAACUGAGUUGCGAAGAUUCUACAAUUUUGCACAACAAAACAUCAGAAUCAGAAGUAAAAAGCUUAGAACCGAGAGAUCAGUGGCUUAGACGGCGUUAUUCGUUCUUCACCUCGAUUGGACUCUUGGCGCAGACGCAUUGCCCUAGUAACGUCCGUAUUCUGGUGACUGGAAAUCCAGGUUUGGACACUUCCUCAAUGAAAAUUGCCAGCCCGAUCAAUUUUGAUGUUGCCGUCUUACACAAGGCUGCUUCCCCACGUAUAUCCACGAGACAAAUAGUGGGACUGGUUGGUCCACUCGUUCAACGUGUUAAGGCAUCAGUUGCAAACAAUCUUCAUGUGUCUACACAUGACAUUGUAGAUGUGAUUAUUUGGGGCAAUGUUGGAGGUCGAACGCAUAUAGAUUUGUCUAAGUCACGCGUGUACCGUCGUCGAGGGGCGGAUGUUGGAUUAACGGCCGGUCCAUGGUACUCAAUGCCCACAACAGAUGCAUUCAGGGACUUGGAAUGGCCCAGUGAAGAAAUGGCGCGCGACGUCUUCGAGGAUCGGUCGGCUUUUGUACCGCGUUAUCGGGGUCUGAGCCACGCACAGUCUAUAAUCACCUUUCUACGAGGAUGGUGGACGGGUGACUUUACCACUAAAGACCAGAUCAUCUCUUUGGUGGUUGCUUCUGAAGAGUGGUACGGAAUACCGAAGGGAGUGGUCUUCUCGUUUCCCGUAAUUCCCUCCUCUACCUCCAGUUGGACCGUGGCGGAGGAUGUGGAGAUCAGUCAAUCGAUCGCCAAGGAACUUGAAGCUUGUGUAAAGGAUGUUCUUGAAGAUUGGGCUGUCGUCGAUCCGAAUCCGCUCGAGAUAUUUCUAGAGAGUAAGAAAGUUCCCACAAAGCCCGAGGAAGAAAUUUCCCAAGCCGAAGAAGAGGAAGAAGAAGAAGAAUUUCCAUCAAAGUGA